GCGCUUUCCCCAGAUGAAGCGGGAAGCGGCCCGCACCUGCCUGUAUUCCGACCUCACGUCGACAUUUGAGCCUUCCGUUUCUGCUCUCUUGUCCACGAUGAGAUGAGCCUCUUCUGCCGUCCGCCGUCAAGCCUUCUCUCCUGCCUCGCUACUGCAGGAAGUCACCCCUCUGUCGUAACCUCCUUCCAGCAUCAUGUCCCUGGUAAUGCUCUGCUCAAGGCUCGGUUCGGCCUAAGGUCUGCCUCCCAUGCUCCUGCCAAAUUGCUGUACCCUCGCCGUCUGCAAAUCUACCAUUCGCCAACCGUCGAGACUGCCCUGCUCGGAACCAUGAAGCUUAGUGGACUGGGCCUGUUCGCCAUGACAUGUCUCGUUGUCGCUCCCAAUGUCUACUUUGAGGAAUCGAACCCUCUCUGGUUGACCCCUGCAGUGAUCGCCGUGGGUGCUUCCGCACUCCCCCUUCUCCACCUGUUGACAAGGCCGGCCGUCGUCAACAUCUUCAUCGACACUCCUGUUUGGGCUCGCCGAUCAAAAGAGAGCUUGAUGAUGUUUGCCAAGCGUCUACCUCCGGAUACAGCCAUGGAAAUAGAGACUCUGGGUCUACUCCCCUUACCUAGGACGAAGGUCUUGCGCCUGUCGGAAUUGAGGAUCUGUCCCGCGGGCUGGGGUCGCCUGGCCAAUCUCGAGCAAGUCACUGCCGUCGACCAGACGAGCAAAGUGCCCAAGCUUCUGAGAUGGUCUCUCCAGCGCUUUUACGCUCGUCCGGCUGCUUCUCGCUGGAAGAACAGCAGGGCCCCUGAUGUCUGGCCUUUGGUCUUUCAAACAAUCAGCAGUAACACGAUAGCUUCUCUCACCAAGAAGGGAACCUCGCCAAGUGCGAGCCCCGUGCGUCCAGCUCAAGCAUUGCCGCGCGUGAUGCGAAAGAAAGUGCCGACUCCUGUAGCCACGCCCGCAAACAAGCAACCCAUGCGCAAAAAGUAGUGUCAUCAUCGUAUGCAGUUGGUCCUGUAAGUAGCUCAAUUUCAUUGCUAGUCAAGAAACAACAACCAUGGUCAAGAAAGAAAGAGAUGGCGUUGUAAGAUGGUGCUUAAGUUGAAGUGCCAAGGCUUUGCUGUGAUGAGGGCAUAUAAUGUGAAUUGCUUGCUGUGGAAAUGCACAAAGAAAUGUGCGAUAAACUGCUAUGGUGAUCGGGUGAUGCGUGAGUAAGAAACUACGUGCAGCAGGCGGCGUGAAGGAAAACGUCCCAAUGCGGAAAGAGUGUGUCGAAGCUU